CGUCAUCAGCCGGCGCCAGCGGCCGCAUGCCGGCGGAGCAGGGGCAUUGAGGGCCGGGGAUUCCGGUGCUCGAGCACGCUGGUAGGAAAGGACCCGGGACUUGAACAGUGUUGUGCGCCGCCAUGCAGGUUUCCAGCCUCAAUGAGGUGAAGAUUUACAGUCUCAGCUGCGGCAAGUCCCUUCCUGAGUGGCUUUCUGAUAGGAAGAAGAGAGCACUACAGAAGAAAGAUGUAGAUGUCCGUAGGAGAAUUGAACUUAUUCAGGAUUUUGAAAUGCCUACUGUAUGUACCACUAUUAAGGUGUCAAAAGACGGACAGUACAUUUUAGCAACUGGAACAUAUAAACCUCGAGUUCGAUGUUAUGACACCUAUCAGUUAUCCUUGAAGUUUGAAAGGUGUUUAGAUUCAGAAGUUGUCACCUUUGAAAUUUUGUCUGACGACUACUCAAAGAUUGUCUUCUUACAUAAUGAUAGAUACAUUGAAUUUCAUUCACAAUCAGGUUUUUACUACAAAACCAGAAUACCAAAGUUCGGGAGAGAUUUCUCUUACCACUAUCCAUCUUGUGACUUGUACUUUGUUGGUGCAAGUUCUGAAGUUUAUAGGUUAAACUUAGAACAAGGACGAUACCUGAAUCCUCUACAAACUGAUGCUGCGGAGAAUAAUGUUUGUGACAUAAAUUCAGUGCAUGGCUUGUUUGCCACAGGAACCAUAGAGGGUAGAGUGGAGUGCUGGGACCCAAGAACUCGAAAUAGAGUUGGUCUGUUAGACUGCGCCUUAAACAGUGUCACAGCAGAUUCAGAGAUAAACAAUUUACCAACAAUCUCUGCUUUGAAAUUUAAUGGUGCCUUGACCAUGGCAGUUGGAACAUCCACAGGGCAGGUUUUAUUAUAUGACCUUCGAUCUGAUAAGCCAUUGCUAGUUAAAGAUCACCAGUAUGGGCUGCCCAUUAAGUCCGUUCAUUUCCAGGAUUCAUUAGAUCUGAUUUUGUCUGCUGACUCUCGAAUUAUCAAGAUGUGGAAUAAGAACUCCGGAAAGAUAUUUACUUCCUUGGAGCCAGAGCAUGACCUUAAUGAUGUUUGUCUCUACCCCAACUCAGGCAUGCUUCUGACGGCCAAUGAAACCCCCAAGAUGGGCAUCUAUUACAUUCCGGUUUUAGGUCCUGCUCCUCGGUGGUGUUCCUUCUUAGACAACUUGACCGAAGAAUUAGAAGAGAAUCCAGAAAGCACAGUUUAUGAUGAUUAUAAAUUUGUCACCAAGAAAGACCUUGAAAAUUUAGGGCUCACCCACCUCAUUGGAUCUCCUUUCCUCCGGGCAUAUAUGCAUGGGUUUUUCAUGGAUAUAAGACUCUAUCACAAGGUGAAACUGAUGGUAAAUCCAUUUGCUUAUGAAGAAUAUAGGAAAGAUAAAAUACGACAGAAAAUAGAAGAAACGCGUGCACAGAGAGUCCAGUUAAAGAAAUUGCCAAAAGUUAACAAAGAGCUGGCACUUAAAUUAAUUGAGGAAGAAGAGGAGAAGCAGAAAUCUACAUGGAAAAAGAAAGUUAAGAGUCUUCCUAGUAUUCUCACCGAUGAUCGAUUUAAAGUUAUGUUUGAGAACCCUGACUUCCAAGUAGAUGAAGAGAGUGAAGAAUUCAGGCUUCUGAAUCCACUUGUUUCAAAAAUUAGUGAAAAAAGGAAAAAGAAGCUAAGACUCUUAGAGCAACAAGAACUGCGUGAAAAAGAAGAGGAGGAAGAGCCGGAAGGAAAACCGAGUGAUGCAGAAAGUUCGGAGAGUUCAGAUGAUGAAAAAGCCUGGGUUGAAGAGGUCAGGAAGCAACGCAGACUCCUCCAGCAGGAGGAAAAAGUGAAGCGACAGGAACGACUCAAGGAGGACCAGCAGACAGUCCUAAAGCCCCAGUUUUAUGAGAUCAAAGCAGGAGAAGAAUUUAGAAGCUUCAAAGAUUCUGCCACAAAGCAGAAACUGAUGAACAAAACACUUGAAGAUCGUUUGAAAAUUGAAGCAAAAAAUGGGACGUUGAGUGUAUCCGAUACCACUGUUGGCAGCAAACAAUUGACAUUCACAUUAAAGAGGUCUGAACAGCAGAAGAAGCAACAGGAGGCUGAGAAACUGCAUCGACAAGAAAGGAAAAGACUCCGUCGUUCAGCCGGACACCUGAAGUCAAGACACAAAAGAGGACGGUCGUUUCAUUGAUUUGGGAAGUGAUCCUACCUGCGAUUAGGGAGGGGUACGUCUCCCCCAAACUGAUCGUCGUUAAGAGUGUUCAACACAGAUAAGGGAACACACGUUUUUAAAGUUCCAUGUACAUUCUUGUACACAGAGGUAAAGAUUUGAAAACCUGUGCUUUGUGGAUUGGACUGUGAAGCUGGGCCCUGCCGAUGGCCACCACAUAGCCCAAGGGUGAGCUUGCAAGUCAUUGCUCCCUGGAAACAUUGUCCUUUCCCCGUGGUUUUAAUCAUGUAAACCAGGUUGGGGUUUUUUUUAAUAUUGUGAAAUGUACACCAUGAAAUGAAAGGUUUAUCCUGUGCUAGAAACCAAGAUUUAUCAUGCUCUAGGAACUUUGUUCCUACACUGCCUACUGCCAUUCAUGAUUAAACCAUCCGGAAAUACCAUCUCUGUUUUA